AUGUCAUGGUAACGUUUAAAAUGGGGGAGAUAACUGUAAAGUUCUAUCUAAUAAAACAAAAGAAAUCGAAAUGGAUUCAACAGUACCAAAAACUCCUCGUUAGUCUAGUUCUAGGAUUGUUGGUGCAAACAUAAAUUAUGCUUGUGAUUAGAAUAUAAUUUUGAUGUCAAUUUCAGCUACAACAUCAAUAUGGCUGCUAUUGAGCUUACAAAGGAUUUAACUUCAGAACAUGCAAGAUUCUCUGAAGAUGAUGCAGAACUUGGAAAGCUGACUUUAAAAGUGAAAGAGAAUCUUAGUAAAUCAGAAGUUAAAGAUGGUGACGUUUAUGAACAAGUAGAACAUCUUUUAUUAGACAAAAUCAGUGCUGGGGAGAAAAAUGCUUACUUUCAACUUGGACUUUUUUACUUUUAUCAGAAUGAAUUUGAAAAAGCUCUAAACACGUUUGAAGAAUCUAAAAGUUUCAACUACCAGUCUCUAUUUAUGUAUGGGGUCAUGAAGUAUGAUGGAAUUGGAGGAGAAGUAAAUAUGAAGGAAGGUCUAGACAGCAUGCUGCAGAUUACUGAGGUGGAUUCCCCUUUGACCAAGCAUUUAAUCUAUGCAGCUUGUUAUAACAUAGGCAGGUCCCACUAUCAAGGCUAUGGAGAAAUGCAGUCAGAUUCAGAAGCUGAGAGGUGGCUUCUGAUGGCAGCAGAUGAUGGUAAUCCUAAGGCUAGUGUUAAAGCACAGAGUGUUCUUGGAAUGUUCUAUUCGCGUCUGGGAACAGAACAUCAUGACCUUAAAAAAGCUUUUUUCUGGCAUUCAGAAGCUUGUGGUAAUGGUAGUCUUGAAUCGCAGGGUGCAUUGGGAGUCAUGUACUUAUAUGGGAUUGGUGUAAAGAAAGACAUGGAUGCUGCAUACAUUUGCCUCAAAGAAGCUUCAAAGAGAGGCAACGUUUAUGCCAUGGGCAACCUUUCUACACUGUAUUAUAAAAGCAAACUGUAUACGAAAGCAUGUGAAUUGGGUUAUCAAACUGCUCAAUUGAAUGAAGAAGAUGUUCCUUUAAUUGCUGCAGACACAGAUUGUCUACCUUUGUAUAUAGCUAAAGGAAUAGCAAUGGCCUGUUUCAUAUAUGCACGGUGCUUAGUUGGUGGUCAUAGCCUCAAGAUAAAUAAAGAACUGGCCAAAAUGUAUUACUCAAAGAGUUACAGAUUUGAUCCAGACAUUUGUGCACUGCUUCAGCACUCGACACAACAAGGAAUCAUAUAGUUCUGCUUUAAUUAUUAGCUGUCAGUACAAUACACUGUUGUUCAUUUUAAACAACUUUCAUUUUAUUUUUUGGCUAAUUCAUAGUCACAGUCACACUAAUUGUUCUAAAUAAACAGAAAAACAUUAGUGGAUACAUUAACUUUUUUUUUUUUUUAAAUUAACAUUUAGAAAUUGAUUUUGAAUAAGUCUAGGUAUUUUUUAUUUUAAGAAAAAAAAAAAACUUGAAAGUGAGGAUAUUCAUUUUGUUUUUAUAUUAUUUAUUUAGCUAGGCUAUUUUAAUGGGCACCAGUCUAGAAACUUAACUAUUAACUUAAAUUAUGCAUUUCAACCAAUCAAAGUUGUCAAAUUAUUAUGAUACAAUGACUUAACCUCUUCCAAGAAAAAAAUAGGAAUGUAUGUUUAAACCUACCUACACAAAAUCUAUUUAUAUGUUUCCACUGUAUUUUAUUUUUAUUGUAAAAUAUUUGAGACUGCAUCAUGUUUAGACUAAAAAGUUAGCAAUAUUUUAUGUUUUAUGUGUUGUUAGUAUUUUUUUAAUUGAAUAAGUUUGAUCUGCCUAGAUUAUAGAAAAAGAAUAAAGUUACUAAUUUAGUUUUGCAAUUUAUA